AAUACAGCUGUCAUCAUCGCCGCACGACUCACCCCUCAGUACGUUUCUGUAAUAAUUUUGUAAGAAAAAAAAUUCAAAGCCAGUUAAUUUGGAUUUGAUUAAAGGGUGCUAGCACAGUAUUCAACAAACCCCAACCAACAGAAUGGCCUUCAACUUUACUGCAUUCACUUAUAUUGUGGCGCUAAUCGGUGAUGCAUUCUUAAUAUUUUUCGCAAUAUUUCAUGUCAUUGCGUUCGAUGAACUGAAAACAGAUUACAAAAAUCCAAUUGAUCAGUGUAACAGUCUAAAUCCGCUGGUUCUACCGGAAUAUUUGUUACACAUAUUCAUUAAUUUGUUAUUCCUCUUCUGCGGAGAAUGGUUCUCGCUAUGCAUCAAUAUACCUCUGAUAGCCUAUCACAUUUGGCGGUACAAAAAUCGCCCUGUUAUGUCUGGUCCGGGUCUGUAUGAUCCCACCACGGUGCUGAAGACGGACACGUUAUCUCGUAAUAUGCGAGAAGGUUGGAUUAAGUUGGCUGUCUACCUGAUUAGUUUCUUCUACUACAUCUACGGCAUGGUCUAUUCGCUCAUCUCAACAUAGAGGGUACGGGCAAAGCUGUCUGGGGAUCUCAUUGUUGUUUGGCACCAGCGCAGCGCAUUAACUACAUCCUCUCUCUCUCUCUCUCUGCAUCGUUAAAGUCGUCAUAAACUAGUGCAUGUGUGGCAAUCGGUUAAAAACAAAUCGAACAAAUAUUUCACGUGUAAAUUCAGAGUUAAAUUCAUAAUGCGAUAGAUCCAUAACGAAAGACAUCUUCGACAUAACGUUAAUAUUCUGUGUAUUGUCGAAGACUGCUAAUGUUUUUUAAUGAUUAAUUAAUUAUUACUCUUUUUUUUAAUAUUGAUUUGCAUUUUGGUAGUUGAAGCCUGAAAGAAAAUAAAGUAAAAUUAUAUUAAAUUCA